AUGUUUAAUCGCUGUUGUUACUCGAUGCGAUUAGGAAUCAGCACACAGCGCAUAAUUUUUCCUUGUAUUCAACGAUCCUUCUGCACUUUUAAUGAUGAUAAUGCUAGUUCGCAAGCUGAGAAAAGCUUGCAAAAAUCUAAAGCAUCCGGUAAAAUUAUAACUGAAAUUAGAAAAGAAUCGAGAAGUACAACUCUCGAAGAAACAACGAACGAAAAUUUGAAACCAGGAAGCAUACGAAAGAAAUUGUUGGAGUUUAAACAGAAAAAGGAGCGAAAAAAACCGAAACCAAAUGAAGUGGCUACGGAAGAAAUUUUGACGGCUAUUGAUUCCGUAGUUAAGGACCUUCAUUGCAAUGAUAUCCCGGACCAACGGAAAACGAGAAAUGAACUAAUUGGAAAAUUGAUGGAAUAUGAAAAAGAAAAAUUUGAAGCGGCAACCAGUGCGCAGUAUAGUGAAUUAUUAUCCGAUAGGGAUUUUGCCAGUUUUCUAGGAAGCCUUAAAGAUGAAACAAUUAAACCUCCUCCACAAGCUGUGCAAAAGCGACAAAUGCGCCAAGGAUUAUUACUGUUGAAACGUGAAAUAUUUUAUCAAGCUCUUCAGUCAGGUCACAAAGCAGAGGAUGCUCGUAGAAUUGCGGAACGUGCGGUGAAAAUAGCCGAAGAAAGGGCAACUGAAAAACACAAAAUUUUGAAGCAAAAUUAUACAGAGGAACAAAAAAAGAAUAUGUUGAAAGAAAUCGAAGAGGCCGAAAAAGAGAAUACUUUUUAUAAUGUCGCACUACAGUUAGCAAGCAAAAUGCUAUAUCCGGAUGAUCCGUCCGAUGAACCUUAUAUAGCUCAUUCCAAUGUUAUUUAUCCUGAUUGUCGCGUGGCGAACAUUUUCGAAAAUAUCGAGGACAAAUUGAACAUUUUUAAAUUAGAGGAUAUACCAAAACUGAAAGAUCAUUCAGUGAAACAGUGGUGUGAAUGGGAUAGAAAUGCUGCAGCGAUUUGGAAUUCUUCAUUCGGUCCAGCUAAUGCCUUCGAGGAAAUGAUUGAGCUAACGGAACAAGGAAAAAUGUGGCCUUACCCAAUCGACAAUGAAUAUCAGAUUGGCGAAGAAGAAGACGUUGCCUUUUACGAUCACAUAUUUUUGGAUAAAUAUCUCGCUCAAUACAAUUUGCCACAAGAAGGACCUGUCGCACAGUUUAUGGAGCUAGUUUGUAUAGGAUUAUCCAAAAAUCCUUACAUGUCUAUCAAGAAAAAACAUGCACAUCUUGAUUGGUUUGCUAACUAUUUUAAAGAGAAAGCAGAAGAAAUUAGGCGGAUCCAGGAAGGUGCCGGUGUUUUGGUGGAAGGUUCGAUUUAA